AUGACGGCCGCAAAGAUCAGGUGGAAAUACUUAGUCAAGGGCGCUGUUAUAUUCAAGAUGACGAAUGCCGUCUGCGAAUCGUACAACAAAUCCUGGGUGGAGUUCAAUGUUUGUCGCUUGAGGGCCGUGAGUCGGAACAAGGUCAGCUUCAAUGUGGAUGCCAUGCUGCACCAUCCGGUCCACAAUGUGUUUGUCAAAGCCCAGCUAAUGAAGCGGGCCAACGGGUACAAGCCCUGGCUGUACAAGGUCAACUUCGAUGGCUGCCAGUUUAUUAGAAGGCGCAACAGUGCAUUGAUUCGCAUAGUUUGGGAUCUGUUCAAGGAGUUCUCGACGAUCAAUCAUACGUGUCCUUAUGUGGGCCUUCAGCGGGUGAAAGACUUCUAUUUGAGGUCUGAAAAGCUGCCAACCCCUAUACCAACGGGCGAUUAUCUGCUACUCAUCGACUGGGUGUUCAACAAAAAGCCGCAGGCUGCCACAAAUGUUUACUUUACAUUCGUGGAGGAUCUAUGAAAGAAUAUAACGUGGCCUUUUUAGUCAUUAAUAAAACAAUUUAGUAGCGCG